AUGGAGCGGCGGUGGCUGCCCCUCCUGCUGCUCCUGGUGCCCUGGCUUCCGGGGCUGCUCCCCUGCCUGCUCUGCUUUGGGCCCCCCAUUCAGUGGGCCCGGCUCUGCCGUGAGAUGGCCAGGAGCUCUCAGGACUCCCAGCACCAGCACUGCCUGGAGGCCCUUGCAGAGGCUGCUGUGCCACUUGCCCCCGUCACUGUGGGAGCAGCACAGAGCGAAGCACUGCGGAAGAUCGUCAUGGAUGCCUUGCAUUUACUGGAGAAGCAGAAGGACAAGAUGGGGACACGAGUCUUGACACUGGAAGAUUUGGGGGUGGGAGCACUGUCUGACACGGACAUCUGUGAGCCUCCAGAGCCUUUUGAGGUGUCUCUGCGGGAAGCCAUCCAAAUGAUUUGGGUGAAGCUGAGCCAGCUGGAGCAAGCUCCUGCCUGCAUCCCCCCCUGCGGGCACCAGCCGGCCGCGCGCAUCUUCCAGUGCUCAACCUGCCGCCUCGUGGACUGCCAGUUCCCUGUGGACUGCCCAGUUCAGGACUUGUGGGUCCACGAGGACGAAGCCAUCACGCUGCACUGCGACGUGCCCUUCGCCGUCCCGCCGGAGCUGCAGGUUACGUGGAUGUUUGCCAAGGAUGGUACAGUGGGAUCAUCCCCCAGUCUCCCACGGCAAGCUGGAGUCACUUGGUCACAGGCUAGAUCUUCCGCCAGCAAACGGUCCUGAGCACUCUCUUGCGAAGGCAAACAGCUACAAUUGUCCACACAGUGAUGUUGGUUGCCCCACGGCAACACCCAUCACUCAUCUCCUAGACAAGUCAGUCUCAUCACAAGAAAUGCGCCUGGCAGCAAGCUUGGAGCCAGAACAAGGCUGCUUGAAACUGAUGUGCAAGCGACCGUUCGUGGUGGUGAGGAAAGAGAAAAGAGAAAGGAAGAAAAGAGAAAAAGUAAGCGGAAGGGAAAAGAGGGGUGGGGAGGAAGGGGGGUUAAACGUUACACAGUUGUUAGAAAGGAUUUCUUGGGCUUGGUUACAAAGGUUGCCCUGAUGCGUUGGACUUGUUCAUCAUCAGUUGAAGUGGUUACAAAGCACAUGGAGGAUACAAGUCCUUGUAUAAGUUGAAUCCACCAUGGAACCACGCAAGGAACAAACACGAGAGUGGCAACGGCACACAGAAUAGGAGGCGUUUCACCCACGGGCAAUUUGUUUAGCAACCUCUUCAUUGCCAUCCAAUUUGUAGGCAACAAUUAGAGCCACCCAAUUUGCCACAGACACCACCCGGUGACUCCUCAGCAGUGAUGGCACCAAUGUUACGCAAUGAAGAAAAGGUAGAAAGUGAAAAGGGACAACCAUACAUUUGGCAACAGCCAUGCAUUGCACAAGAACCAGUAAUGACAAAUCAGUAAGCCAAACAAACAGAGCUAUUUGGCUCAGCUGCUUUCCCCAGCAGCCAGGAACUCCCAGCGGAAGCCAGGAUCCAGGUGGGAAUUCUUCAGCAGAGCUGUGGUGUUUCUCAGGAGCCGUACAACAGCACGCUUCAGUUAAUUCACCAAAAGCGUACCUAGUCCAAUCUGACAGUAUGUGGACUUGCCAUGGAGUGUUCUCUGAGAUGAUUUCGUGCCAUGAGAACUC